UCCGCAUGGACCCGGCCGAGCUUGCGAGCGUCCACGAGGCGGCGGCAGAGGUGUUGGAGACCGUUCCACAGAUCGAUACGCUUAUCUGUAACGCCGCCAUUGCGCAAGUACCGUCGCAGAAGCUCACCAAGGAUGGCUUCGAAAGCCAGCUUGGCACCAACCAUUACGGCUAUUUCGUCCUGUGCGGAGUGCUCUUCGAUCGCAUCGAAGAGUCGAAAGGCCGGGCCGUUGUCAUGGCCAGCCUUGGCUACAAAAUGGGGAUACGGACGAUCCAGUUCGACGACAUGAAGUGGGAUAAGAACUAUAGCGCCAACCCCGUCUACAGCCAAAGCAAGCUGGCGCAGAUGAUGUUUGCCUAUGAACUCCAAGACCGGGUCAAGCAAACUAGCAAGAAUAUCGAGGUCUACGUCUGCCACCCCGGGGCGUCGGUCACAUCUCUCAUCACCACCAGCGACGGCCUUGUCACAAGGAACGAGUUCUACCUCAUGUCCCUAUCUCCGAUGGUUCAAUCGGCUGACGAAGGCGCUUAUCCAGAAGUGAUGUGUGCCACCAAAAACGGCUUGGAACAGCGCGCCCUUUAUGGUCCCACAGGCCGCAUGGAGUGGGUCGGCGCAGUAGGGAAAGGCACGCUGGAAGCCUUCGCCUACGACAACGCUGUGAUGGCAAAACUGUGGAGCCGAUCAGAGAAGGAAACGGGGUUCAGUUGGAGCUUGUGAGUGAGCGAGUAGCGUGCGAAGCGUCAUUUACCCGGCACCCGAUACUGAUCUGUGGUGACCCUGGGUAUCACAUGGCGGACUCUCGUUGUGUAACUAGAUGCAAGGGUUUUGAUGCCAACUUUAUUGUUUGUCUUUAGGCCUCUGACGAAGCUACCAACACGAAAUUUCCUCGAUUAGGAUUUCGCCGGCAAGUGGAACGACCGGCGUUCUGUUUCUGGU